AUGGUCUCGGUGUUAAUUCUCGGCUCCGGUGGAGUGGGCUCAAUGGCUGCGUACGCAUUGGAUUCCCAUGAUGACACUACCGUGACUACUGUCAUCAGAUCUGACUACGAUGCCGUGAAGGAGAACGGGUACAAGAUCAAAUCAGUUGACUACGGAGACGUUAAGUACCACCCUACCAACAUAGUGAAAACGCUCGAGGACGCCAGGCAAUACGGACCAUUUGACUAUGUGGUGGUGUCUACUAAAAACACUCCAGACAUCACUAAGGUGGAGAAUUUGAUUGAGCCUGUGGUUACAGAAGAAGUCAGUGCGAUUGUACUUCUUCAAAACGGAAUUGACAUCGGUGCUCCGGUCAUAGCCAAGUACCCUAAGAACGUUGUGUUGAGUGGAGUUUCCAUGAUCUCUUCCACGAACUAUGGUGAUGGAGUCAUUGACCAUGAGGGUCACGAUUUCCUCAAGGUUGGAUACUUUGAAAACACAAAGUUGCCUCUUGAAUUUCAGGAAAAGCGUGCUAAGGACUUCGUGGACCUCUACCACAACGGCAAGAACGAAUGUCUCUACGACGAGGACGUUAAGUACACACGCUGGAGAAAGUUGGUAUACAACGCAACGUUGAAUCCAAUUUGCACACUUACAAAUGUGGAUGUGGGCCGAUUGGAAAUGUUUGGCGGCGUGGAGCUGAUGGUACGUCCUGCCAUGAGAGAGGUUCUCGCAAUUGCUAAGUCUGACGGAGUGACCUUAGAUGAGAGUAUCAUGGAAUUCAUGAUCAGGUCGGAUGAUGGCGUUUAUUACUCUCCGUCAAUGCUAGUUGACUUAAGAAAGGGUAACUACGUGGAGUUGGAGGUUAUUAAUGGAAAUCCGGUUCGAAUUGCACAGAAAAACGGCGUGGACGCUCCCGUUUUGACUAUGAUCUAUAAUUUACUCAAGGUGAUUCAGUUAAGAACAAAGGAGGCUAAAGGUGCCAUUGAGGUGCCCAAAGACAGGCCACUUCCAGGUGAUUCCUUCGUUUUGGAAGGAUCAUGA